CACACACACACACACACACACACACACACACACACACACACACACACACACACACACACACACACACACACACACACACACACACACACACACCAAGUAGUGUUUGUAAAGUCAGGCUUGGACUUUUUUCAGACUAGGAACCAUGUUCAGCAGAAGGAGUUCCACGGGGACAAUAAAGGUGGUACACCUCUGAGGUGUGAUUUCACCAGAGAGCAUGGUGUUCUGAGUCAGCCGUUCAGUGACUUCAGAACUAAAUACAUCCACCAACACCAGAGAGGCAGCCGGUAAGAUAAAUAUAUAAUAUAUUGCUGGUUGUGUAUGGACUCUGCUGCUGGUUAAGCGGUUAAACAAGAAACCUGACCUGAUUGUUUGUUUGUUUGUUUGCUUGCCUAGGCGUGGCCCAAACAAUUGAGACUGUCGAUUUGGAUGGUAUAAUCUUUGUUUGUGGUUAUUUGCCAGUUAGUAAAAGAAUUACUUAUUUGAAAAUGUUUCAGCAAGUUGUUUGUUCAUUUUGGGUUCUGUGAUUAGUUUCAAUGGAAGAUGAAUUAUAAAAGAUAAAUAGCUUAUAUUUUUAUAAGGGAACUAUUUGAUGUUUAAAACUAUUGUUUAAAAAGUAAUGCUAAAGGUAAUUAUGUAAACCCUGUAAAUCUAAUUUAAGGUUAUAUGUCUGCUUGACUGAAGGUUUUUCACCUGACCUGAACCGUCAUGCUGACCUGAGCUGACAUGCUGAAAUAAACAUAAAAGCAAAAAGUGAAGCAUUGUUUCGGUCUCUGAGUGAAAUCCAGUUUCUAAACUCCGUGGUGGAUGUUUAUCCCUCUCAAGUGGGGAAGCACAAAACAGUGCAGGACUUGACAGUGUUUCUAUGUUUACAUUGUGAUUUCUUAGUAAAUAUUCUAUUUAGUGAGAAAUAAACUUUAUUGUAUUUAUCCUAGUGAAUCUAUAAUUAAACGGGUAAACUAGUAGUAGCACAUCCAACGUCAAAGAGAGUAAAAAGUUAUUAUCAGGAGAGGGAGAAUGUUUUAGUGGUUAGCAGCAGUGUGCUAGUCGAUGGCCCCCUCCAUGAGGCCACCACAGCUCAGCAGAACAUCGUUGUAGCUUCUUCUGGGGAGAAAAACACUCAGAGAGAAAAUAAAGUUAACAGCUGAAAUAGCAGGAAAUAAUACAGUUAAAGAGCAGAUUGCAGAAGAAAGGAGUCGGCCCCAGAGCACAGGGACACCAAGGAGACCGCAACCAGAAAAGCCCCUGCCCCCCCUUGAGAGGCGCAGAGGAUCGCCUCGGGGGGCCACAACCAGCAGCCGGCAGAGUCCCGGGAGAUAUCAGCGGCAAGCCCACAGGCCCGCCCGCAGCCUCCCACCCCCUAGCCGGCCGAGCCCGUGACCCAGCAACCCAGCACCCAGGGGCGACCACCCCCGCUGGGGACCCAGCAGAGCCCAGGGACCCAGAUCCCACCAGGCAGCCACCGGGAUUGAUCAGGCAGACGCCAAAAAUCUUAAACCCCCUGACCCGGGAACCACGAACACUCAGGCAGCCCAAGGCACCACACUCCACACCGGGUGUGGCAGGGGGAAGGGAGACAAAGAUGUGCUGCAUCAAAAGAAGUCCCAGGAGAUGGGAGGCGUAAAAGGCACCACCUGACAUAUACAGUCAUACAUAGACACAGUCACACACACCCUCCCUCAUGCUCACACACACACAUACAACCAAAGACUUCCACUUGUGCAAAAAAUGCACACCGGACACCCACUCAUGCUCCCCAUCCACACCCUAUUCACUCUGGUCCCGGUACUGCUGCACAUGGGGUACAACCAUUACCAGUUCCCAGAGUUCGACCCUUUCUGCUGGGGUGCUGAUGAGCAGGCUCCCCCCGCCCAACGCUGAGCAAAGCAACCCACCACCCCAGACCCCUGUCAGAACCAGAUCAGUUCCUGCAGUGAACCCUUCUCCCUGGUUUAAUGACAACCUUCGCAGCCUGAAGCGCCAAUGCAGAAAAAUUGAGCAUUUGUGGAAGAAAACCCAUCUCCACGUCCAUCUGCUGCACCUAAAGGAUCUUCUGACAUCCUAUAACUCUGCAGUCAGAGACGCGAGGGUUUCCUAUUUCUCCAACCUGGUGUCCCAGAGCAAAGGGAACCCCAAGGUGCUGUUUAACACCAUCAGCAGCAUCGUCUCUCCUGCCUCUCCUACAGCCUCCAUCCACUCUGUUACAGACUGUGAGAACUUUCUGUCUUUCUUUGUGGACAAAGUCAAUAAGGUUAGAUCUAGCAUCUCUCCUUCAGCCUUAUCGCCGCCUCUCCCGACUCCAACCAGGCCCAUCAUCCUAGAUAGCUUUGCUCCUGUUUCUUUGCCUGAGUUAACCAAACUAGUUAACUCUAUGAAGACCUCUGCAUGCCCCCUCCACAUCUUACCCUCAUCUUUGUUUAAAAGUGCUUUUCAGUCCAUCGGUCCCAGCGUGCUCUCUAUAAUUAAUGCUUCUCUGGUCUCUGGUCAGGUCCCUGCUUACUUUAAGAACGCUGUAAUCCACCCGCUUCUUAAAAAACCGAGUCUCGACCCCUCUCUCCAUAGCAGCUUCAGACCCAUCUCUAAACUUCCGUUCAUCUCCAAGAUCUUGGAAAAGGUUGUGGCUAAACAACUCACAGCUGCUCUUGAUGAACAUAACAUCCCAACCCAUGGUGUCCCACAAGGUUCUGUGCUGGGGCCUCUGCUCUUCCUCCUCUAUCUGCUUCCUCUUCAGCACAUCCUGAGCUCCUUCUGAGAAAAAUAAAUAAAAGACGGUACGGAUCAUUUAUCAAUCUAAGGUUAAGUAUCACUGACCAGCAGAUGUUUCUGUGUUUAUUUUAAAAUAACAUUUCAUUAUUUUAAAUGCAAGGUUCUUGCAAAUGUAUUAAAAUCAGACCCAAGAACGUUUCUGGUGAGUUUUCAUGACUCUGCAGCAUGUUAGAUUAGUAAUGUAUCAAUUAUAAAUAUAAAAGUAAAUGUUACUGUAGGAUAGUUUUGAGUGUUGUUAAGGAUAUCAUGUCGUAACUCUGCAGCUAAACCUGGACGUUGGGUUUUUCAUGUUGUAGAAACUCGUUUGGCUGAUUGUUUCACUGCUGAAUGAAACUCCUGCACUAAGCAGCUGUUUGAAGAAGAUCCACUAGGGGGAGCUGUGGCUCAGAGGAAUCAGCCUCCACUUCCUGUACAGAAUCAGAAUGGGGGUGAUUGCCAGGUCAGUCUGGUGCUUGGGGCAAUCCAUCAACACGUGACUUUAAAACAACACAAACAUAAGAAAAACAUUUGAACAUAUUUAGAAAUGUGCGAGAGAUUAGCGGUGGAUCAAAGUUCAAGUCAAUAAUGUUUAGCUGCAGUCUUUGUUAGGGAGGAGGAGGCAAGCAGCCCAGCUGAGGUGUAGUGUCUGAAUUUAUCUAACAAAGUUAAAACAUGUUUCUCUUUCUGCUCUUCCUGGGGAAAAAACUGUUUUCUGAACUUAUAGCAUUAAUAAAAAAAUCAUUUUUUUAGGAAGCACGCGUCCUCUCAGUUUCACAAGUUAGCUCUGCUUCUUUCUCCUGCUUGGGUGAGAGACAGGAAGGUGAUCGGAGAUUGUUUACUUAAAGAUCACCAGGGCGUAUUUAAAGGCAGCGUGGCGCUCAGGUUGGGGUUGACACCGGCGCUGUGGGCCUGUCUGGUGGUUGUUGUCACAGUGAGAGCCGCAGUGGAAGCAGCAAAGCAGGAAACCAGUGAGAUGAUAAGCAUAUACAAUAAAGGGCUCCCAUGAAUAUUUCAUCUCUGGAGGGAUGAAGGCAAGAGGAGCAUGUGAGGAGGAGGCUGAGGAAACGGUGUCAUCUGCCAUCACUCUGCUCUCAUCUUCUCGCUACUGAUUUUUGACCUCCCUGUGUCAGAUUGUCAUCGUCUGACUUGCUUUUGUAAUUAAUACAGAUAAGCUUGUGAUUAAUAAACUCAGAGCAGUCCUAGCUCAUUUAGCAAAAACAUGGCUAAAAACGUCAGUUAAACACGGGCGGGAAAAGAUCUGAGGACUUUGGCAGGACCCAGACACAGUUUAUAAUGGAGGCUGAUGGGUGGGGGGUGGUGGGGGUGUCGAGUCCACACAGAGGAAGAACCCAGCUGUCAAAAGCUGUGUUUCCAUUGCCAGAACUUCAGGGUAAUUUCUGGGGCGAGGGAACUGACCAGGAGACACAGUGUCCUGGUCCUCUCAGCUGUUGUGUCUCCAUUCAACUUCAGCCCUUUCAGCACUUUGCACAGAUGUCAGUGACUGCUUUAGCAGUGAGUGAUGUCACUGAACAGCGCCACAGUAGCAUUAAUAACAUCAAACACCUUUAUUCUGUCAAAGUACUUUAUAAUUUAAUCUGUUCAGAGGCAGAGAGCUGCUCUGUGAUGUAAAAUGUGGUGUUCAGUAACCAGAAGUGCCGUUUUAUACAGCACUCAUUAAUCAAGUCUGUGGAAGAAUUUCCCCGUGUUUUCCAGAGUCGGGAGAUAGAUUUUGAAUGUGGUCAGUGCUUAUUUCUUGGAACAAUCGGCAGCGAUGAGGCAAGCGUGAAAUAAAAAAAUGAGUAGAAGGCUGAGGCUAUGGCUGCAGACAGGCUGUUACUGUGGGAGAGACUGAGGAGAGCUUGAGUGCUGUGAGAGGCAUGGCUGUGGUAGGGCAGCUGCACAUGAUUAAAGGUGCCAGAUGUUUAAUUGUUGCUUGGUUUUUCCUAUCAAAGGUCUGAACACAAAUACACAAACUGUGACCAUCUUUAGAAAAUUCUCCAUCCCUGAGACGUUUUCUGCAGGCUGGAGGAGAAUUUAAACCCUGCAUGUGGCAAGAGACAAAUCCAGUUUUUUUAGCUUCACACAAAAAUAUAAAAAGUACCUGAUUGUUUGUCACCAUUGUUUAGAAAACAGAUCGAUCAUUUAAAUUCUGAGUUUUCUGAUUCAUGAAUUAAAGUGACGACUUUUGAAAGUCUGUUUUUGGUUCCUACAUUCACAAACAAUGAUGCAGCCGCCUCUUCCAUUCACCUUCACUUUUUGACCCAAAAACUAAAACAACAAUGAAGCUGCUUUUACUACUUCUGUCUCUUUAUCCUGAUUCUGUCACCAUCAAAUUUUGGCUUCUGAUGAUGGUGACUGAGAGCCAUGAACAGAAUAAAAGAUAAAUAAGUUUUGAGAACCCCUACACAGCCUCUGACAGGUAAAAGUAAAUAGACUACAUUGAGCACAAGAUACUGAUAUAUACUAUCUGGUACACAUUAGACAAUGCUGUUGUCUCUAGGGGAAAAAUUAUUGAAUGUUAGAAAUAAUUUGUAGCCUAGAUAACAAUGCUCUUCCUCUGUAUCAGCGGCAGCUAGCGAACAUGGGACCAAAAGAUUCCCCUACCUAGAGUAGGGUUUAGGAAAUUGAGUGCUUUAAGAGCCCAAUAAAUAUGUUACCUCUACUUAUGACCAAUAAGCUGUGAUACUCUAAAUAUAGAAUCUCAACUCUGCUUGGUCUUUACUGCGUUUAUUCUUUAUUAAGGGAUUGUACACACUUCGUUUUGAUUCAGAAGAGUCAGGUUUAUAUAAGAAUUUAUUUUACCAAUAAUUAAAACAUAACUAAGCAUUUACUGUGAUGGAUGGAACUAAAGGUGAUGUAUGAACCUAGGUGUGCAUGCGGUGUUAGUCAGAACUUCCUUACCUGGGAGAGCUGAGUUCUGGAUGUAAAAGAAUUUUUGGUUUGCGUUAAGCUGUGAAGUUGGUUGUUACCAAAACACAUCAGACACAAUCUGUGUGUCUACUUCAUUCGUUUUCGGAGACCCUCUUGGUGGAUCCGAAGAUCAAAGAGGUCGGCUGACCUCUGGCACCUGAGGGCUGUAGAAUACCAUGGCACAGAUGCUUCAGUCCAGAGAUGUCUCGGGUCACUACAGAUGGAUGGAACCGCACGUCUGGGCCUCUUAAGGAGUCGGGAAAAAUAUCAGCUCGUUCUGCAGGAACUGUUGCGGUAUCAGCUUCGCAGGAGCAAAAAGGUUUUGACGACGUGUCAAAAUCUUUGAUGGUUAAAGAGGGUUUUGCUUCAGCUGGCCGGUCUGAAACUUUCUCUAGAACUGAUGAAUCACCAGAGUGAUCCAGUUUUGAUGUUCUCAUGUGAUGAUUUGUGUAGCCAACCAGAGGUUGACAAGUUUGAGGAAUACUGCCAAGACAACCUCAGAAACAAGCCUUCUUUGAUACCGGAUGCUCUGAUCUGGGUAAAAGACUAUUUAUGUGUCAUGAGUUUAACUUAACCUUGCUUUGUCCUUGUGUGAGUGCAAAUGGUGAUGACCUCAUCAUAUCAACAUGCUGAAACAUAUUUCAAUCACUGUAAUCAUAACAGUCAUUUCAAACUUCAAUCACUGAGCACAGAUCAAUGAAACAUUUCAUUAUAUUAUAAUUCUUAUAAGUAGCAAUAAACAAACAUUUAUUUAAUGAUUAUCUAGCUUACAAGUUGUAGAAGUUCAUAUUUAAUUUAGGAAAUCAUUCAUUGACUUAGCAACCGAUCUGAGCUGGACUGCAGGCUCUGAGCUCCAGCUGAUGGGAUGAAGGCAGGCCAAUUUAAAGGGAACACGUGCAGUCUUGUGUCUCCUUUUUGACCAGAUGUUGACCAGAUGUUGAACGGUCAAAGUGUACCUAAAAACUGACCAUUGCUGGACGUUACACUAGGCCACCAUAAGUGGGCAGGCUUCUCUUGAAGACAUAAAAAAUUGGAUGACUAAACUUUCUGCUUUUAAAUCAAGACAAGACUGUAGUUCUCAUCAUUUAACAGAACCUCUGAAAAGGAAACUGUUUAGUCAAUCACCUGACCUGAAUGGCAUUACACUAAUCUCCGAGAACAAAGUAAGGAACCUUGGUGUUAUCUUUGACCAGGACAUGUCAUUCAAAUCCCAGGUUAAACAGGUUUGUAGGAUUUCCUUUUUCCACCUUCGGAAUAUUGCUAAGAUUAGAAGCAUACUUUCCAGGAGUGAUGCUGAAAAACUAGUUCAUGCAUUUAUUACAUCAAGACUGGAUUACUGUAAUUCAUUACUCUCAGGAAGUCCACAGAAUGUAGUUAAAAGUCUUCAGCUUGUCCAAAAUGCUGCAGCUAGAGUUCUGAUGAGAAUUAAAAAGAGAGAUCAUAUCUCUCCUGUCUUAGCUUCCCUACAUUGGCUACCCGUUAAAUUCAGAAUAGAUUUUAAGAUCCUUCUUCUCACAUAUAAAGCUCUUAAUAAUCAAGCUCCAUCAUACAUCAGUGAACUGAUUGUUCCAUACGUUCCUAACCGAGCACUUCGCUCUCAGACUGCAGGUUUACUGGUGGUUCCCAGAAUAUCUAAAAAUAGGAUGAGAGGCAGAUCUUUUAGCUAUCAGGCUCCUCUCUUGUGGAACCAGCUCCCAGCUUUAGUCCGUAAGGCAGACACCUUGUCUACUUUUAAGACUAGGUUUAAAACGUUUUUAUUUGAUAAGGCUGUCAUGUUCCUGAGCCGAGGUGAGUGACAACAUCUCCCAUCUCACCACUAUCAGGCUGAUUUUCCACAGAUGAGGAGUGGAGGGGUUUGCAGCUGCAGAAGAUUCCCAAUCAGGAACUCGGGUAUAAAAGGAGGAUGGAGACACUUCACUACGCCAGAUGAUUGCACCAGUAUAGAAUGAGCAACCAUCUUUGAACAGAGGCGGUGGUUUACGACAUCAACUGUCUGCCAUCUAUAAUCCAGUUUUGAGAUCCCUUCCCAGAUGCCUCAACGCCCACGCAUAUCCUGGGCCAUCUGACCUCAGGAAUUCACAUGAUAGGGUGGGGCCAGGUUUCACAAUGAGCUCACCCGAAACUCUGGCUGAAUAGGACCCACCCCCACCCCCACACCUUGGCUCAUAGAAGAUCAUCAGGGGGUCUUUUGUUCCCUCUUCGGGGGAAACCCCCCACUGGGUUUAAAUCUGGGACUCUCCACCAUUUGACCUUAGAACUGAAGAAGCCUCUCGGAUGAGAGGUGAAACGUCUUCAAGCAACUCAAAGAAGUCCAGACGCUUUUCUUUCAAAGCUCAUUAGACCAGUAUAGAAUCUCAUUACCUACCGCCACUUCGCUGUUUAAAACCUGGACCAUUCACACCACGUCUCAUCCUCCUCCACUGUUACCUGUUUGGACCCUCUCCGCUGCCUCACCUAUCCUGGAUCAUCCCUGGAUUUAUCAGAGCUCACCUCGGCUCUCUCGCCUUUUCCCCCCUUCGUUCUCCCUGAACUCUGAAUGAACUCAAGCGAGCGAUCUACCCCACAGGACUUCCCUGUGCUCUUUUUGUUCUCCUUAUAAUAAAGACUUUUACCUUAAUUCAA